GGUAUUGCUUGAGUUAUGAACAAGAAAAAGAGUGUUGUGACUUUAAUUCAAAAGCUCAUCACAAUUUUCUAUUUCAUCCAACUUUUUUGUCAUUACCCUCCUCCCCCCCUCCCUCUUUCCCAAAACCCCCCUCUCUCUCACCUCUCUCUCUCUCUACAUUUCAAAUCUAGGGUUUCAUUUCUUCUCCAUUUAUUCAAUUUUCUUUGAUGUUCUUGACUGCAGUUGAAGAGGGGUUGAAUCUUUUGAGCUGAAACUUUUGACUGGGUUAGUUUAGAUAUGGAUACUGUCCACAUUUUUCAGAGUAAGCUUUUGAUUUGAGUGUGUCAAGAUUCAAUUUUUAUGAGCCCCUUUGCUUUCUUUUGAGUUGUUUUUGUAAGAUUAGGAAGUUUCUUGAUUUCUUGAUUCAUUUCAUUGUUUUGUUUCCCCUCGUGUAAAGUAAAACCCAUGUUAACUAUGUUGCCUAGUUCAACUUUCUUUAUUAGGGUUUAGUUGUGAUUUAGGAUUAAAAAAAAAAAAAAGGAAAUAAAAAUUGGAUCUUUAGUUGAAUUUUAGCUAGUAAAUGCAUGGAUGGGAGAGAAGGGAUGACACUACAAGGUUCGCCUUCAUAUUACCUCAACAGAGCUGGUAUUGGUGGCUCCGCCGCUUCAGCUCCCAGCCCUAAUUUCCACCACGGCGGAGGCGGCGGCGCCGCCUCUCAUCAGGCCGCCGGAAUACAUCCAUCCCUGGUUUUCAAGAAUCUUCCAAAUCCCAACAUCAUUCCACCUCAGCCCAAUAAUGUAGUAGGUGUCGGAGGUGGCGGUGGCGGCGGCGGCUCGGUAGUAACUGGUCAACCGUCUUUCCACAUUGAGAACCCGCCGCCCAAUUUCCACCAUGGCAGAAGCAUGGCUAUUGUGCCCGCUCCGUCGCAGGGCGGCGAACCGGUGAAGAAGAAGAGGGGCAGGCCAAGGAAAUAUGCCCCAGAUGGGGCCAACACUUCUUUAGGGCUGUCCCCAUUGUCGGCCACCAAACGCUCCUCCGCUGUGGAAAGUUCCGGUGAAAAAUCGAAGAGGGGGCGGCCCCCUGGUUCUGGAUGGAAACAGCAGCUUGCUCCUCUUGGGGAUUGGAUGAAUAGUUCAGCUGGACUAGCCUUUACGCCACACGUCUUGCAUGUCGGAAUCGGAGAGGACAUUGCGGCAAAAUUGCUGGCAUUUGCGCAACAAAGGUCAAGAGCCUUAUGCGUAAUGUCGGCUACUGGUUCGGUUUCUUCAAUAACAUUACGCCAACCUACCUCUGCUGCCACUGUUACAUACGAGGGCCGUUUCGAGAUACUAUGCUUGUCCGGUUCUUACCUGGUUUCCGAAAAUGGUGGUCCCCACAACCGGAUUGGCGGUAUUAGCAUUUCUGUAUGUAGUCCCGAUGGGCAUAUGAUCGGUGGUGCAAUAGGCGGUCGCCUCAUUGCUGCAAAUCCAGUGCAGGUGGUUGCAUGCAGUUUUAUAUACGGCGGUGGUAAUAACAAACCUAAGAGCAUUUCGGGAUCCAAAGACGAAAAACUUCUGAUGCUGGAGCAUUCUUCAGACAAGUCUUUAACUCCGGCAACAACAAAAGGAGCCUCUACGCAAAGUUAUAACCCUAAUCCCGGAACGAGCGCUUGGCCGCCAAUUUCAAGGCCAGAGGUAAGAAAUUCCGGGAUAAAUAUCGAUCUGAUGCGAGGUUGAAGAUAUGUGAUACAACGACAGGCGGGUGACAGACAGUUUCUGUAUAUACGUGUUGUUGUAAGUAAAUGAAAAGAUGCCGUGUGGGGGAAGGGAAUCUAAUCUACCGAACGUGAGUGGGGUUUGUGUGCUAACAUCCUUGUAACAAAGUUUCGACUUGUAUUAUUAGGUUUGUUGAGAAGUAGCCGGCAAACGAAAACGUGUUAGAAAGGUGGUGUAUUGAUAUUUAUCUGUUGUAGGUUUUGUUAGUAAAUUGGUGGGAUUUGUUGUCUCUUGGUCUUCUGCACUCACUGUUGUAACCCUAAUUUGAUUGUGUGUUGUAACUUGGAUUUUUAGGGCUAGUAAUUUGAGUUUGGCUUCUCAUUUGAUAU